UGAGCGCCGGGGCGGGCGGGUCCCUCAGGGCCCCUGGCAGUGCGGGAAUUUCGGACGGGGCGGAAGGAGCGGCGGCUGGGCCUGGGCACGGAGGAGCUGCUUAAAAGGUCUGCUGUGAUCUUUUUGGCCUGCUCUUGAAAAUGCCAUAUAAUAAGAAGACUGCUGGAAAAAGAGCCCCCGCAAAAAGGAAACUUGCUGAAGUAUUUGCUCUGGGGGAGGUUUUAGCAGAUACAUCACGAAAAGAGUGGAAAUUAGGUGUCCCUAUCGGGCAAGGAGGCUUUGGACGCCUAUACCUUGCUGAUGUUAAUUCUUCAAAGUCGGUUGGCAGUGAUGCACCUUAUGUUGCAAAAGUGGAACCCAGCCAGAAUGGACCUCUUUUUACUGAGUUAAAGUUCUACAUGCGAGCUGCUAAGCCAGAUGAAAUUCAGAAGUGGACUAAGUCCCAUAAACUGAAAUAUUUAGGUGUACCAAGAUACUGGGGUUCUGGCUUGCAUGAAAGAAACGGAAACAGUUAUCGGUUUAUGAUAAUGGACCGAUUUGGCAGAGAUCUUCAGAAGAUGUAUGAAGAGAACGGAAAGCAAUUUUCCCGUAAAACUGUACUACAGUUGGGCCUGAGAAUACUUGAUAUUCUGGAGUACGUCCAUGAGCACGAAUAUGUGCAUGGAGACAUCAAGGCCUCAAACCUUCUUCUGAGUUACAAGAACCCUAAUCAGGUGUACUUGGUGGAUUAUGGUCUUGCCUACCGAUACUGUCCUGAAGGGGUUCACAAAGCAUAUAAAGAAGAUCCUAAAAGAUGUCAUGAUGGAACUAUUGAAUAUACCAGUAUUGAUGCACACAAGGGUGUGGCACCAUCGAGACGCGGUGAUCUGGAGAUCUUGGGUUACUGUAUGAUUCAUUGGCUUAGUGGCCACCUACCAUGGGAGGAUAAUUUGAAAGAUCCAAAUUUUGUCAGAGACUCAAAGAUCAGAUGUAGAGAUAAUAUUUCAGUUUUGAUGGACAAAUGUUUUCCUGGGAAAAAUAAACCAGAUGAAAUAGCCAAAUACAUGGAAAAGGUGAAGCUACUGAGCUAUGAAGAGAAACCUGUUUAUCAGCAUUUCCAAGAAAUACUUCUGCAAGGACUUAAGGCUAUUGGGCAGAAAGAUGAUGGAGUGCUUGACUUUGGCUUGUCUGAAAAUGGAGACUUGCAAACAAAUCCCAUGCAAAAGAAAAAAAGAAAGGCAGCAGCCGCAGCCAAUGAGAACACUGAAGCAGAAAUGGAGGAUACAGGAAGUCCGAAAAAAAAGAAACCGACUUCUUCUAAUACAGUAGCUACCAGAACCCGGAAGAUGACCUCACCAAAACCCAAGAAAGGCACAGCAACCAGAAAGAGAGUCCAGAAGUAAAUAAUAGAUGGAGCAACAAAUUAAAUUGCUCUUUGGUUCAUCUCUGCUUUUUUUUUUUCAGUUACUGUAUCACUGGAAUCUUUUUCUUUCUUUUGUAAAUGAUGAAUCUUGUAAAAACAUGCACUGCUGUUUGUACCUGUUUUUGAAGAAUAAAUGUUUUAUUAAAAUAUUUGCAUAAUUUAUGUAUACUUAACUACAAAUGCAAAAUUUUGCCAACUUUGAAGUGAGGAUGCAUUUUUAUUCCUUAUAUACAUGAAUUCAUAUCUUAAAGGCAAACUGAAAGUGGUUUUUUUCUGCCUUGUAAUGUAGAAAUAAAGCCUUACUUAGUUUUGUUAUGGGUAAUUUAUAAGUAACAGCAGUGUUGCAUCUGAUUUCUUCUAAUUUUGAGUAAAAUGUUAUUGGGGUUCACCUAGAUGUACAGCGAGAUGAAGUGUGAAAAGGUAGAGACAUCUUUUGAAUAUUUCUCAAGUGUUUGAAUUUAAAAGAGAACAUGAGACAAAAAAAAAAAAAAUCACAUUCUUCCAUUUUAGUUUGUUGUAAGAUGUUUUUAAACAAUUCUCUGGAGGACAGGUAGUGCAUUUCAGUUAAUUUUUUUUUUUUUUUUUUGCAUAGUGUUUGUGUUCAUAUCGCUUGUUCAGUUAUUCACAUUUUCUCUGGAAAGGAGACCAGAAUUUCAGACAUAGGGCCCAGGGCAAAGAGAAUAACCAACCAAACCCCACUGCCCCUUCUCAACUCCCCCCCUUCAGAUUUUCUAUUACAUUGGUGGAAAGGCCACCGAAGUUACAAUUAUGAAGACCAGCUUCAUAAUUCAAGGGUCUAGUUCCGGUGGAAGCUUGACUCGUGUGUUUCUCAUAACAAAAUAAUGGUUUACAUUUUUUUUAGUAGUCGAGAAGCGUGUAAACUUUCUUAAAAGUACUUCCUUGCUUGGCUUUGAGUCUUCUUUCUGGAGUUGCGGGUCAGAAAACGCAGUGUUUAAUUUCAGCGUGAAAUGUCACUGCUUGUCAUUUAGAUACUGUGAAAAUAGAAGUAAUUUGGGCCCGAGCAUCGCUCUCAUCAGGGAGACUGCCUUUUGGAGUUUGGCAAACCGCAAGGGAUCCUGGCGAGGCAGCGGCUGCUGCCCUCGCGCGCGCGGCUGGGUGCUGUCCGAGCGGCUACUCGCGGGAAUAAAAUAUGUUGUAGCAUAAAACGUUGAACGAAUGAUGAGGUUGGGCUUUGAAAACAAGGGAAUCCAUUGUUUUGAAAUAAAACUGGAAUAACAUAGUUAAAA